CCAUGCAAACUAGAAAUACUUUUUCUUGGAUAAAGGAACAGGUUACUCGAUCCAUUUCCGUAUCGCUCAUGAUAUAUAUCAUAACUCGGGCAUCCAUUUCAAGCGCAUAUCCCAUUUUUGCACAGCAGGGUUAUGAAAAUCCACGAGAAGCGACGGGGCGUAUUGUAUGUGCCAAUUGCCAUUUAGCUAAUAAGCCCGUGGAUAUUGAAGUUCCACAAGCGGUACUUCCGGAUACUGUAUUUGAAGCAGUUGUUCGAAUUCCUUAUGAUAUGCAACUGAAGCAAGUUCUUGCUAAUGGUAAAAGGGGGGCUUUGAAUGUGGGGGCUGUUCUAAUUUUACCUGAGGGGUUUGAACUAGCGCCUCCCGAUCGUAUUUCUCCCGAGAUGAAAGAAAAGAUAGGCAAUCUAUCUUUUCAGAGCUAUCGCCCCAAUAAAAAAAAUAUUCUUGUGAUAGGCCCCGUUCCUGGUCAGAAAUAUAGUGAAAUCACCUUUCCUAUUCUUUCCCCAGACCCCGCUACGAAGAAAGAUGUUCACUUCUUAAAAUAUCCUAUAUACGUAGGCGGAAACAGGGGAAGGGGUCAGAUUUAUCCCGACGGGAGCAAGAGUAACAAUACAGUUUAUAAUGCUACAGCAGCGGGUAUAGUAAGCAAAAUCGUACGAAAAGGAAAGGGGGGGUAUGAAAUAACCAUAGCAGAUGCGUCGGAUGGACGUCAAGUAGUUGAUAGUAUCCCUCCAGGGCCCGAACUUCUUGUUUCAGAGGGCGAAUCUAUCAAAUUUGAUCAACCAUUAACAAGUAAUCCGAAUGUGGGCGGAUUUGGUCAGGGAGAUGCAGAAAUAGUACUUCAAGAUCCAUUACGUGUCCAAGGUCUUUUGUUCUUCUUGGCAUCUGUUAUUUUGGCACAAAUAUUUUUGGUUCUUAAAAAGAAACAGUUCGAGAAGGUUCAAUUGUCCGAAAUGAAUUUCUAGAUUCGCGGAUUUAUCAACAUCAAGUUCGUAAAAAUUCUCGUUGGCGAUUAUGUAUGGUCAAAAAAUUUAAUUAUGAAAGAAAAACUUUUGCUUGUUUAUAUUCUUUUUCUACUAGAUGCCGGGAAUUCCUUGUACUGUGUUCCUAGUCAUAGAGUAUGUAGAUUGUAAAGAAUACUAUUUUACUUUCCCCUUUCUUUGUUUUUUUAAUCCAAAUUGGGGCGGUGCGACUGUGUUACUAUUUCCAGAUUUAAAUGUCAUAAAAUACACCAAUCGUUUUUUAUUCGACGAGAAUCAAUUCGACUAGAUACUAGACAUAAGUAAGCGGGGAAUAAAAACGGAUAAAUGCUGGGAAAAAAAAUUCUAGAAGGGAUUCUUCGUCUUACUAGUCUUCGACACAAGAAGGGGGUGUGGAAAAUGCCUUUUCUUGUGUCGAAAUAAUAAUGAUUCUUGAUCCCGUUCGUCAAAGGUUCCUAUUCUUAGUUUCGAUUUUUCCAGAUUUAUCAGAACUUUUUUACGUAUAAUAUAAUAAGUAGCGGACAAACAAAAAAAGAGAGGGAAAUUUAUUGAGUAAAUAAAACUUCUUCAAUAAACUUAUAAAAAAUAAUGUAAAUUUUGAUGAGAUACUAAAAGAAAAUAAAUAGAGUAAGAGUAAGGUUCGAUUAGUAUCGAAAGGGUUUGCAUUCUAUUUAAUUUACAGAAAUAUCGAUUAUGUCAUCCAGGAAAUCGGAGGAUUCAUUCUUUCUUCUAACUUGAAAAGUAUCGAUACUAUUGAAGACCCGGUGUUCCGAAUCAAUCCAAUGAAGUUCAUUUUUCAAAAAAUCAUCACAUCAGAGAAGGGUGGAAUGGAGUUUUUUGAAAUAUCGGAAAAAAUCCGUUUUGUCAUAUUUAUGAAAAAAGUAUUAUGAUUAUUAAGAACUCAACGGGACCUUUCCUCCCGAAUCAGACAAACAAAGAAGGGAAUCCCGUUGAGUUCUUACGCUUUCAUGUCUACAACUCAAUUCAUCCAAUUACUACAGGGAUGAACCCAAUCCGGAAUAUGAACCAUAAAAGAAAAUACCUAUUAAACCGAUUACAAGAAUACCAGUUACAGUACCUAUUAGCCAAAGAGGAAUCCUUCCAGUAGUAUCGGCCAUUUACCCCACUUCCCUCCACAUUUUAUCAAGCGGUCAUGCUAGAGACAUAAACAGUCAUGGAUAAUUAUGAGAUGAGAUCCUUCGAAUGGGCUAAGAGAAUUCCUAGAAUUCUAUUAUUCUCUUUCCUUUUCUUAAUUGAAGAAAUAAUUGGAAAAUAAAACAGCAAGUACAAAAAUGAGUAAUAACCCCCAGUAGAGACUGGUACGAUUCAAUUCGACAUUUUGUUCGUUCGGGUUUGAUUGUGUCAUAGCUCUAUAAUUCGAAUUAGA